CGAGCUAACGUCAUCCGGAAGUAAUUCGUGGGGCGACGUCGAGAGCAGUGGGUUCUCAGCUUUCAACAGCUUUGGGGGGCGAUGGCGACUACUUUCGUCUCUGUGCCUUUGAAGAAAUCGUCCGAAGUGGACCUUGCGAAGCCGCUCUCCAAGUUUAUCCACGACACUUAUCCGAGUGGGGAAUCACAGGCCGAAUACAUCAAGGCGGCUGAAGAGCUGAACAACCUUCGGAAAAGUGCCGUCUGUAGGGCGCUCGACAAACACGACAGUUCUCUGGAGAUUUUGUUGAGGUAUUAUGAUCAACUGUGUGCUCUUGAGCCCAAGUUUCCAUUCUCAGAAAAUCAGCUUUGCUUAACAUUCACCUGGAAAGAUGCAUUUGAUAAAGGGUCGCUGUUUGGAGGAUCUGUUAAACUUUCCUUUGCAAGUUUGGGAUUUGAAAAGACCUGUGUUUUGUUCAACAUUGGAGCUCUUGCCAGCCAAAUUGCAUCAGAACAGAAUCUUGAAAAUGAUGAAGGGUUGAAAGCAGCAGCUAAGUAUUACCAGCUUGCCAGUGGAGUUUUCCAGCACAUCAAGGAUACUGUAUUGUCAACAAUGAAUCGAGAGCUCACGAUGGAUACCUCUCCAGAUACAGUUGGGACCCUCAGCCUAAUUAUGUUGGCUCAAGCACAGGAGGUAUUUUUCCUUAAAGCAGCAGCUGAUAAAAUGAAAGAUGCAGUUAUAGCUAAGCUUGCCAAUCAAGCUGCUGAUUACUAUGGAGAUGCCUUCAAACAGUGCCAGUUUAAGGAAAAUUUGCCCAAGACUAACCAACUCCCUGACCAGACUCAUCUUUAUGAUCCCUUGAAUGAGUAUUUUUAUUUCCAGGAGGUGCUACCUGUUCUUGCUGCAAAACAUUGCAUGAUGCAAGCCAAUGCAGAGUAUCAUCAAUCCGUUCUUGCUAAACAACAGAAGAAGUUUGGUGAGGAGAUUUCCAGAUUACAGCACGCAUCUGACUUAGUGAAGACAGUUGGCUCUCGGUAUGAUGAGUAUAUCAAUGUGAAGGACCUGUCGGACAAAAUUGCUCGUGCCUUAGCUGCAGCAAAAAAGGAUAAUGAUUUCAUUUACCAUGACCGUGUUCCAGAUGUUAAAGACUUGGAACCUGUAGGAAAAGCCACAUUGGUGAAGCCUACUCCUGUCAGUGUCCCCAUGAGUCAGAAAUUCACUGAUCUGUUUGUGAAGAUGGUUCCUUUGGCAGUGCAGCAAGCUCUGAGCGUAUAUAAUCAGCGAAGGGCCGACUUAGUGAACCAAUUAAUAGCGCAGAUGAGAGAAUCCAGCAAUCUAGCCAAUGGUGUGCUGGCCUCCUUAAAUCUGCCAGCUGCCAUAGAGGAUGUUUCUGGGGACAACAUUCCUCAGUCUAUCUUGGAGAAGUCCAAAGCAGUCAUUCAACAAGGUGGCCUACAGACUAUAGAUCAACUUGUCAGAGAUCUUCCUGGACUUCUGCAAAGAAACAGAGAAAUUCUUGAUGAGGCAAUGAAAAUACUUGAUCAAGAGGAAGUUACAGAUAAUGAACUGAAAGCAAAAUUCAAAGAACGUUGGCAAAGAACACCUUCGAAUGAAUUGUACAAACCCUUAAGAACAGAGGGAGCUAAUUUCAGAACUACUCUGGAUCGAGCUGCCCAAGCAGAUAAAGUCGUCAAAGAACGUUAUGCUGCUAACAGUGAAAUAAUUGCUUUGCUUUGUAAACCUGAAGCUGAGCUGAAUGCAGCUAUACCUUCUGGCAAUCCUACCAAAUCUCUUCAAGGCAGUGAGGUUGUUAUGCUUCUGAAAACACUUCUUGCUUCUUUAAAUGAAGUCAAGAAGGAGAGAGAAACUUUUGAGAAUGAUAUCAAGUCGGUGCAGUUUGACAUGACAAACAGGUUUCUGACAGCAUUGGCUCAAGAUGGUGCAUUAAAUGAGGAAGCUAUCUCUGUAACUGAACUUGAUCAAAUUUAUGGAAGUCACACUCAGAGAGUGCAGCAAAAUCUGAAAAAGCAAGAGGAGUUGCUUGCUGAUAUUCAGGCUGCUCACGAGGAAUUUUCGAAGUCGAAACAGUCAAACACAGAUGCUAAUCUGAGGGAAGAGAUGCUUAAGAAGUUAGCAGCGGGCCAUGAUCAGUUUGUUGAACUUGUUAAUAACUUGAAAGAAGGAACAGAGUUUUACAAUGGAAUCACUGAAUUUCUCGUGAAAUUCCAAACAAAAUGUACUGAUAUUGUGUUUGCUCGUAAAACCGAAAGAGAUGAACUUCUGAAGGAUUUACAACAGAGCAUAGCCAGAGAACCCAGUGCACCUAAUAUUCCAGCAGCACCUGCAUACCAAACUGCUGCUUCUGUUGGAGGAACCACAUCAGCUGUUCCAACUCCUGCACCUAGAAAUGUAUUUCCAUCCAAACUUCAACCUCCUGAACAUGCUGCAUCUUCAUCCACUGAUGGUUGUGAAAAUCAACCUAAACCUCAACCUCCUGCACGACCCCCACCUCCAUCCGUUGGAUCCAGUUUUACACCUGCUUCGUCAGCUGCAACUCCUAAAACAAAUGCCCCUGCCCCUGCUCCUGCUCCAGUUGCUUCUAUGCCGGCAUCUGUUGGGGGCAGUGGUGUGCUGUCACAGGCCCAGGGACCUCCAUAUCCUACCUAUCAAGGAUUUCCUGGGUACUACCCAAUGCCAAUGGCAUAUAAUCAGUACGCUUAUGGUCAGUACAACAUGCCAUACAUGUACCAGCCUCCUGGACAGCCACCUUUCCAAAGCCCUCAGCCACCUCAGCAGCCAGGAUACCCUUACCCUCCGCAGCAAUUCUACCAGCAAUAAGAUGCAUUGUGUUUAAGAUUCUUAUAUUGGUUAAUUUUUCAAAGUACCUCGUACUUAAUCUACUGCAUACUCUGAAAUAUUAUUGAGGUAAAUGCUAAUUAAGAUGUACUCUUAAACUCUUAAGAUUGCACUAAAUGCAACUAUUUUCAGAAUGGCAAACACUAGGAGUAACUUAGCAAAAUCUGAUUUUUUUUGCAUAAACAUCUUUAGUACAGACUGCUUAUUAGAAAUAUCUCUUUUACCUCUAAUCCAGUUUUGGGAAUGGGUCUGAAAUAUUGCAUAAAUAUAAAGCAGAUUGUGCUUGUAUAGCUGUCUUUGUGUAAUACUUUAUGGUCUUAUUUGCUUAUACUCUCUCUAAUUUGUUAUCUCCUAAAUACUGUUCUGUUUAAUCAGGGCCUUGUAAAUCUUGUGGUAAAUUAAGGUAUAAUUGCAUUAAAAAAUCAAGACUGAAA